GACGCUAGGCGGAGCGGGGCCCCACACAGGCCGCAGCGGCUGGCUCGGGCCCCUACGGUCCCGGCGGCGGCUGGAGAAGGAAGCCAGGCGGCUGAAGAGAAGGGGAGGCGGAGGAGGCCGAGGUGGAGAGCCGCUCGUCGCAAACUCACUUCCCCGGCUCAGCAGGGAAAGGUUCCUAGGAGGCGAGUGUGGACGGUAUGCAAAGUUGUGAAUCCAGUGGUGACAGUGCGGAUGACCCUCUCAGUCGUGGCCUGCGGAGAAGGGGACAGCCUCGUGUGGUGGUGAUCGGCGCCGGCUUGGCUGGCCUGGCUGCUGCCAAAGCACUUCUGGAGCAGGGCUUUACGGAUGUCACUGUGCUUGAGGCUUCCAGCCGCAUUGGAGGCCGCGUACAGAGCGUGAAGCUUGGACACGCCACCUUUGAGCUGGGAGCCACGUGGAUCCAUGGCUCCCACGGGAAUCCCAUCUAUCAUCUAGCAGAAGCCAAUGGCCUUCUGGAAGAGACAACUGAUGGGGAGCGCAGUGUGGGCCGCAUCAGCCUCUACUCCAAGAAUGGCGUGGCCUGCUACCUCACCAACCAUGGCUGCAGGAUCCCCAAGGAUGUGGUUGAGGAAUUCAGUGAUUUAUACAACGAGGUCUAUAACUUGACCCAAGAGUUCUUCCGGCACGGUAAACCAGUCAAUGCUGAGAGUCAGAACAGCGUGGGGGUGUUCACCCGAGAGGAGGUGCGCAACCGCAUUAGGGACGACCCUGAUGAUCCAGAGGCCACCAAGCGCCUGAAGCUCGCCAUGAUCCAGCAGUACCUGAAGGUGGAGAGCUGUGAGAGUAGCUCGCACAGCAUGGACGAGGUGUCCCUGAGCGCCUUUGGGGAGUGGACUGAGAUUCCCGGUGCCCACCACAUCAUCCCCUCGGGCUUCAUGCGGGUUGUGGAGCUGCUGGCUGAGGGCAUCCCGGCCCACAUCAUCCAGCUGGGGAAACCCGUCCGUUGUGUUCACUGGGACCAGGCCUCGUCCCACCCUUGGGGCCCUGAGAUUGAGCCCCGGGGUGAGGGUAACCAUAAUCAUGACACUGGGGAGGGCAGCCAGGGUGGAGAGGAGCCCCAGGGGGAGAGGCAGGAUGAGGAUGAGCAGUGGCCGGUGGUGGUGGAGUGCGAGGACUGUGAGGUGAUCCCAGCGGACCACGUGAUUGUGACCGUGUCGCUGGGCGUGCUCAAGACGCAGCAUGCCAGCUUCUUCCGGCCAGGCCUGCCCGCUGAGAAGGUGGCUGCCAUCCACCGACUGGGCAUCGGCACCACCGACAAGAUCUUUCUAGAAUUCGAGGAGCCCUUCUGGGGCCCCGAGUGCAACAGCCUACAGUUUGUGUGGGAGGACGAGGCGGAGAGCCACACGCUCACUUACCCACCCGAGCUCUGGUACCGCAAGAUCUGUGGCUUUGAUGUCCUCUACCCGCCUGAGCGCUACGGCCACGUGCUGAGUGGCUGGAUCUGUGGGGAGGAGGCCCUUGUCAUGGAGAAGUGUGAUGACGAGGCAGUGGCUGAGAUCUGCACAGAGAUGCUGCGGCAGUUCACAGGGAACCCCAACAUUCCAAAGCCUCGGCGAAUUCUGCGCUCAGCCUGGGGCAGCAACCCCUACUUCCGGGGAUCCUAUUCAUAUACACAGGUGGGCUCGAGUGGGGCAGAUGUGGAGAAGCUGGCCAAGCCCCUGCCAUACACGGAGAGCUCCAAGACAGCGCAAGGAAGCUCCUCAAAGCAGCUGCCUGGUCACCUUUUAUCUUCCAAGUGCCCAGAACAGUCCCUGGAACCUAAUAGAGGCUCCAUAAAGCCCAUGCAGGUGCUGUUCUCAGGUGAGGCCACCCACCGCAAGUACUAUUCCACCACCCAUGGUGCUCUGCUCUCUGGCCAGCGCGAGGCUGCCCGUCUCAUUGAGAUGUACCGAGACCUCUUCCAGCAGGGGACCUGAGGGCCUCCUCGCUGCCAAGCGUGUUCCUUAAAGAACCACUAACUUGUGACUUUCAGCCCUGCCCCUUGCUGUUGUGUACUCCUCAUUUCCUAAUCCUCUGGAGAAUGGAUUUGUAUCUUUUGUAGAGCUAGACAUCUAAAUGGCUUCAGACCUGGCCCUGUAGCUUUUCCUUUUCUCCUUGCUGGGUGGUGACCAGGGUGGGGUCUGUUGAUUUACCUCUGUGCUCUGACCUCUGACCUCCCCAUGCCUCCCCUCAUCUCUGAACUUGUUAUUGUAAGUGCCUUCAAUACUCUGCAUUUUGGGAUAAUAAAAGAGGCUUGCCCUUCCUGUG